AUGAUAAACUCAACACCCAGCAUAUCACCUUCUCUCCCACAGCAUCAAUCGGAAGAAGAAAUGAUUCAAUCUCUGGAACAGGAAACAAUGAUGAAGGAGUUGAAACAUCUUCUCUACAAUAUAGUACCACAACAAUGGAGUAAAAUUAUUGCGGAAAUUCAAUUAGCAAUUAAUCAUUUGGGCGGUGAAGUGAUGACCUCUCAUCCCAUAGGAUUGAACGAUGCGAUUAAUACUCUCCAUGCACAGGUACAAGGAGGAACCUCAUCAACAUCCAUCACUCCAAACACGAAUAAUGAACCUCAUCAACGAUCCAUUACACCAAAUACAGACAGACCCAUCACACCAAACACUUUAGGAUCAUCGGAAGUACAACAACAACAUCAUGCUUUAUCAUCUACAAACGAAGGUGAGCCACGUACUCCUAUCACACCAGCUGCACACUCCCGAUUUAAUGCCAGUUUCAGUAGAAAGGGUACUAAUGCUGAGAGAAUUCAGCUACAUAUAACCGAUCAAAACCAUUCCAUUCUAAAAGGAUAUUUAUUGGUAGAGGGUUAUCGUAUUUUGGGUGGAAAAAUCAAUUUCAAGUUACACAAGAUGAAGAACAGUUUUGAAGCUGAGAUUAAACCAAAUGACCCAUACACUUUGAGCCAAGUUCAAAGGGCCACCACAUGGCAGACUAUGCUCUUAAUAAGAUGA